AAAAAGUGUUUAUUGUGUUCAAACUUGUUGUUUAUUUACAAAUUUUGAGAAGAUUAUUGAAAUUGUGAAAUGCCAAUUGUAAAAAGGCAAAAUUAAUUCUGACAACAGUUAAAAGAAAAGUUUUAAUCAGAACAAAUAAAAAUGGCUGAUGCUGAACAAGAGAAUUCUGAACGUGGAGACGGUGAUAAUGUAAAAUCUGACAAAUUAUUUACAUUGAAAAAAUGGAAUGCAGUAGCCAUGUGGAGCUGGGAUGUUGAGUGCGAUACUUGUGCAAUUUGCAGAGUUCAAGUAAUGGAUGCCUGUUUGCGUUGUCAAGCUGAAAGCAAAAAAGACUUUUACGGAAGACAGGACUGCGUGGUUGUGUGGGGCGAGUGUAACCAUUCUUUUCAUUAUUGCUGCAUGUCACUUUGGGUGAAACAAAACAAUCGCUGUCCCCUUUGUCAGCAAGAAUGGUCAAUUCAACGCAUGGGCAAAUGAAAUAUUGGGUUGCCGAUGAGAUUGUCACUUUUAAUAAAGGAAAAAAAAAAAUUUCAUUCCUUGAUGUCAGCAAUUUAGCCAUUUUUCUACACAUAACUUGCGCAAGAAAAUGAACACCUUUAUCGGUAUAGUAAAUUUUUUUUUCGAUAUCUGACACUAAAAUGUUUUUUUUUUUUUUUUUUGUCAUUCCUUCAGUAUCUUUGCGCAUUGUAUCAAGCUGAAUUUAUGUGAUUUAUCGAAAUAUCUUAAUUUAUAAUUAUGUAAAAAGUGAUGAAGGAAAUAAUAUUUUCCUCUAUUAUUUAUAUUAAGUUGAAUUUAUUAAAUUCAAUAUUACAAAUAAUUAAAUUUGAUUAAUAAGCAAAUUUACGAAUGGAAUGUGUUUUUUUUUUUUUUAGUGGUUAUGUUACGAAUUUUUGAUGAACGGCCGUUUUUCGUUUAUUUAUAUGACAUGAGUUGUUAAUGAAACACACUAGCAGUAAUAAUAAUUAUUAUUAAAGAUAUAAUUUUUUGAAAUAAAUAUUUAAUAUCAAAGAGGA